GAAAACAGCUGUGGCUAAAGAAGCUAGCUCAGUUAGCAUCGUUUGUUUUUGUCGGGUGUGUGUGUGUGUCAGCGAUUCCAGCGGGUUCCCCUUUGAGCAGAUUGCCAUCGUUCAACCUCAGAGUGACCGACCUGUCGUCUGUCAUCUCUUCUAAAGAUGAAGUUCCAGUACAAAGAGGAGCAUCCUUUUGAGAAAAGGCGGUCUGAAGGCGAGAAAAUCAGGAAGAAGUACCCGGACAGGGUGCCUGUAAUUGUGGAGAAAGCCCCCAAAGCCAGAAUAGGAGAUCUGGACAAGAAGAAAUAUCUUGUCCCCUCCGACCUGACAGUGGGCCAGUUUUACUUCCUCAUCCGGAAAAGAAUCCACUUGCGAGCUGAGGAUGCUCUCUUCUUCUUUGUAAACAACGUCAUUCCACCCACCUCAGCGACCAUGGGACUGUUGUACCAGGAGCAUCAUGAAGAGGACUUUUUCCUCUACAUUGCCUACAGUGAUGAGAGUGUGUACGGGAGCAGCCAAAGGGAAAUCUGAUCCCACUACCAUCCCCCUCAAACCACUACCCACCUUUCUGAGACCUCCAACGUUCAUUCAUUUAAAUAUUAAAUCCAGCUAAGCAGCCUAGAGUUCUUGGAGUGAAUAUGUCAAAUGCACUUUCACCACCCAUACAUUACCCCUCUCCCAUACAUUUAUGUCUUUAUUAUUCUGCAGUCUGAAUUGUAUUUGCCUCCACUUUUCUCUUUCAGUAGCGACUUGGGUUAAGUGGUCUCGUGGCCAGUUAUUUUUUCUAGUGUUGUAUUUGUACACCAUACUUUACUGAAAAAACUGAGAAACGAUAACAAAAUAAUCUUAGAACUAGGCCGUAAUUUUAGUCAGCCCCGGGGUUAAGGGAAGAAAGGUAUGUGUAGUAUGUGAGUUCAAAUCAGCUCUUACUGACAAUGAAGAUAGAUUAUUGUUUGUUCACUCUGCUGACUUAUAGAGGUAUAAAGUGUGCUUUAAGUUAAGUUUAUGAAAUCAUUAGUAUCUACCAGUUGAAGGCAGGUUAUUUUGUCUCUGACGGAGUAAAGGAUAACUGUUUUGCAGUAGUUAUUUUCCUAGAAAAAGCUGAAGUGGCUGGUGUUUUUGAAUAAAAUUCACCAGCCACUAAAGUAUGUGAAUGAGAAUUGUGUGGGCUUCCCCGAAUCUGACCUAAGCAAGGAGUAUAAUAGAAUUCAGACUAACAAUCAUCCUCUGCUUUCAGUGGUAAGACUAUUAUGUUGAUGGCUACUAUGAUUGUUGUUGUUGUUAUUGUUCAUUUUAGAUGGCUUUAUUUCUAAAAGGUGUUGUAAAGCUGAGUGAAAAUGUUUCUCUUUUUUUAAGUUUGUCUCCUUUUUAAAGAAAAAAAAAAGAUUUGAACUCUGUAAACAGCUGCAUUACUUGCUCUUUCUCUCCACUCAUGACCAUACAUGAUAAAAUGUGAUUAAAA